CAACGGCAUUCCUAAUCUAGUCUACGUACUUCAACGAAAAUGUUAAUACAGUUCCCCUGAAACAUAGUAAUAGUGUGGGAAAGUACACGAGAUUACUGAAACGCUACGAUUAGAAGAAAACGGAAGAUAACCUGUAACCAUGGAAACGAAAAACGACGUACGCACAGAUGACAUCGAACUUAGCGCACAAGGUUCUAGCAACAAAACUGGCGAAGUCUCAACCAAAUCCGACUUACCCGAAAGAGGUUCAUGGGGCAGCAAGCUAGACUUUAUCCUCUCUGUCAUCGGUCUGGCCAUCGGGUUGGGCAACGUCUGGCGGUUCCCUUACCUCUGCUACAAGAAUGGUGGAGGCGCCUUCCUCAUCCCUUAUUUCCUCACCCUGUUCCUCGCUGGUAUACCUAUGUUCUUCAUGGAGUUGGCUAUGGGUCAGAUGCUUACUAUCGGUGGAUUGGGCGUGUUUAAGAUUGCUCCGAUUUUCAAAGGUAUUGGUUACGCGGCAGCAGUGAUGUCCUGCUGGAUGAACGUGUACUACAUCGUCAUCCUCGCGUGGGCCAUUUUCUACUUCUUCAUGUCUAUGAGAUCAGACGUGCCAUGGCGUAACUGCGACAACUACUGGAACACGGCCACCUGCGUGAACCCCUACGACCGCAAGAACCUGACCUGCUGGUCCACCAUGGACAUGAACACCUUCUGCACCCUCAACGGCAAGAACAUCAGCAAGGCUGUCCUGUCUGACCCCGUCAAGGAGUUCUGGGAACGCCGUGCCCUCCAAAUCUCCAGCGGCAUCGAACACAUCGGCAACAUUCGCUGGGAGCUGGCGGGGACCCUACUCCUCGUGUGGGUGCUGUGCUACUUCUGCAUCUGGAAGGGAGUCAGGUGGACCGGCAAGGUCGUCUACUUCACCGCUCUGUUCCCUUACUUCUUGUUGACUGUGCUGUUGAUUAGAGGAAUCACCUUACCCGGCGCCAUGCAAGGCAUCAAGUUCUACGUGAUGCCGAACAUGUCCAAGCUGAUGGAAUCCGAAGUGUGGAUCGACGCUGUCACCCAGAUCUUCUUCUCUUACGGUCUGGGGCUGGGAACCCUGGUAGCUUUGGGCAGCUAUAACAAGUUUACUAAUAAUGUGUACAAGGAUGCCCUAAUCGUGUGUACUGUAAACUCGAGUACAUCUAUGUUUGCUGGGUUCGUGAUCUUCUCUGUGGUCGGAUUCAUGGCUCAUGAGCAGCAAAGACCCGUCGCUGAGGUGGCUGCAUCAGGUCCCGGCUUAGCCUUCUUAGCCUAUCCAUCAGCAGUACUCCAACUACCAGGAGCUCCACUGUGGUCCUGCCUGUUCUUCUUCAUGCUACUCCUCAUAGGUCUGGACAGCCAGUUCUGCACCAUGGAAGGGUUCAUCACGGCUGUCAUUGAUGAGUGGCCCAAACUCCUCAGGAGGAGGAAGGAAAUCUUCAUCGCUAUUACCUGUGUUAUCUCGUACUUGGUUGGGCUUUCGUGUAUUUCUGAGGGAGGUAUGUACGUCUUCCAAAUCUUGGAUUCGUACGCCGUCUCCGGCUUCUGUCUGCUGUUCCUGAUCUUCUUCGAGUGCGUCUCCAUCUCCUGGGCCUUUGGCGUGAACCGGUUCUACGAUGGCAUCAAGGAAAUGAUCGGCUACUACCCUACUAUCUGGUGGAAGUUCUGUUGGGUCGGCUUCACUCCCGCUAUUUGCAUUAGCGUGUUCAUCUUCAACCUGGUGCAAUGGAAGCCAAUUAAGUACAUGAACUACGAGUACCCCUGGUGGUCUCACGCUUUCGGCUGGUUCACUGCUCUCUCCUCCAUGCUGUGCAUCCCUGGGUACAUGGUCUACUUGUGGCGCGUCACUCCUGGGACUUGGCAAGAGAAAUUCCACAAAAUCGUCCGCAUACCAGAGGACGUGCCCUCUCUGAGGACCAAAAUGCAGGCUGAGGAGCAAGCCAAGCACAACAAGGCUUAAACCCACUCCCUCCCACUUAACAUCAGGAUCUCAGACUAAGGGAUUCGGAAAGUAGCACCUUAAUCCUGUAUGGUUAGAGUUGAUAUUCCAUUGGAGUUAUAUUUCUUCAGAGUAGCUAUCGUAUUAUAUUUGCGGAGGAUUUGGUUAUGAAAAUAAUUAUAUUAUUUGAAAUAUUGAUACUAACCAUACAGGAUUACAUACCGUGGGAAGAAAAAAGAAAUUCUAAAACAACGCACAAUUUUAUAUCAUAUCCUAUUUUGUGCCAAAUAUAACUGUGCCAUAUAAUGAAUUAUAAAAUC